GGUUAGGCAGUAAAAAACAAAAACGAAACGAAAGCGACUGUCGUUCGAUUGUGAUUGGUUGAGAGACUGACGUCUGACGUCACGCGUUAAAACCGUAGGCAGUAACACGCACGAAAGACGAAAGACGAAGCGUCGUCUAUCGUCUAUCGUUUUUCGACCAAUUCCUUUGAAAUUCUUAGGCAGUAACACGAAAUGACAUUUCCAAUCGUUUUAAAAGCGACACGAUCGUUCGUUUUUGAGACGAUCGACAAAGGUGUCUCGUUUUGCCGCGAAGUCAACCGAAUCAACUUUAGUUAAAUAUCUUAAACUAUUAUUAAAUAUUAAAUAAAACUUCUAAGAUAUGUCUCGCAUGUGGACCGCCUUGAUGUUAGAAGCUGCAGAUGCCGAAGCUAAAAAGAUGUCUCGGCAGCGUAUGCUUCUACAAAGAUUAAAGAAUCGCGAACGGUUACUACAAAAAAUUCCGGAGUGGCAGUUUAGAGCUCAUUACAGGCUGAAUAAGGAAGAGUUCCACUCGUUGUGUGACGAGCUCAGGCACAAUACCAGUUUAAAAGGUUCGAAAACAACUUCACUGGAACUUAAGGUGCUGACAGCAUUGAACUUUUAUGCCAGGGGUUCAUAUCAGAAAGGUGUUGCUAAUGAGGUACAUAUGAAUCAAAAAAGUGUAAGUCGGUGUAUCAGAGAGGUGACAAAAGCUCUGAAUGAGAUUUCAAAUAAAUGGAUACAAUUCCCACAAACAACUAAAAUUAAGCAAGGAUUUUAUACUAAGUUUAAUUUUCCUGGUGUAAUUGGUGCCAUUGAUUGCACCCAUGUGGCCAUAGUUCGUCCAGCUGCAGAUGUACUUUGUUUUUAUAACAGAAAAGGCUUUCAUUCUCUUAAUGUCCAAAUGGUAUGUGACAGUGAUCUCAGAAUCACUAAUGUUAAUGCCAAGUUUGGUGGUGCAAGUCACAACAGUCAUAUCUGGGCAAGUAGAAGACUGCAAAGCCAUAUGGAGGCUCUGCAACUAUCUGGCAAGUCUGUUUGGUUGUUGGGUGACAGUGGUUACACUCAAAGGAUCUACCUUAUGACACCUAUUCUGAAUGCAGAACCAGGAUCUAGAGGAGAGAACUACACUAGAGUGCAUGUCAAGGCCCGAAACUGCAUAGAAAGGGCAUUUGGUUAA